CUACUAACUUGCGCAAAGUUAAAAAAUAUUUCUUAGUCGAAAUGAGAGUUUUGUAAUUUUUAAAACUGCCUUGUAACGUCAAAUACUAUGAAGAAACAUACCGAAGAUGUGAAUAAAGCGGAAAAAGAUCUAAUGUCCGAAGACGAAGACGCCGAAUGCCAGAAGCAGUUGAGCAAACGAAACUUGCGAAAAUGCCUCUACCUGUGCUCCUUCGCUUUCAUGAUGAAUUACUCUGCCUACGCCGGUUUGAUUUUCCUACAAAGUAGUGUUAAUAUAGAGAACGGUUUGGGAACCACCGGGUUGUUUCUCAUAUACGCGACGUCCGCGUUUUCGACGAUAUUUUUCGUACCAAUCUUUAUUGACUUCAAAGGUGCCAAGGCUGCAAUAGUUGCCGGUGAAAUUGGAAUUUUAUGCUACACUUUGUCCAACUUUUAUCCGAGUUGGUACACAAUAAUACCCGCCGCAUUAAUUCACGGUUUGACGGAAAGUGCGUCAUGGGCGGGAUCUUCUGUGUACGUAACUUACCUCGGCGAACAAUAUUGGGAAAGAUGUCAAAGCAAUAAACCAAUUCCAUCAACAUCAAACAAGUCUAAAGAAUCAUACGUAUACAAGUUCUUCUGCCAGUUCUAUACGGUCGUCUACUUUUCGCAGGUCCUGGGUAAUGCGGUCGUCAGCAUCGUGUUAACCAGUUUAAAGGACUUCCAAACUUCGCACGAGAACUUUACAGAUACCACUGCUACAGAGCCACCUAGUAAAAUUUUGGUUCAAAAGGUUGUAUCCUUCGGGAAUUUGACGAACACGACCUCGAACACGACUCUAGGGGAAGCGGUCGGGGUCAUAUCCGAUGACACAUGGGAAGCUUGUGGCUCAAUGGAAUGCCAAGCCGACUUUAUUUAUAAUGCCGACCCAGAGCGUAUGCGCAAGUACGAGCCAAGCAAAAUUUCGAUAUAUCUUCUACUUGCAUUAUUCCUACUAAUGCAAAUCACAUUCACAAUGGUUCAUGCAAUCUUUCUGCCCCGAAUUCCCGCCAAAUUUGGUUCAAACGAACAUGGGCGCCAUAGUUCUGUUGGCCAAUCGGAAAAUGAACUUGAGAAGGAUCAGUUAGUGAAAGAUUCAGCGAGCGAACGUAAGAUUACGUUAAAGAAUGCUAUGGUUUCGGAGUUGAAAGAAACAUUUCGACAUAUGGUGUCACCUUUGCACCUUCUCGUCCUUCCAAUGGUUUUCUACUGUGGUGUAUUUACCGCGUUCAGUGUUGCGGAAUUCACCCGUGCGUAUGUCUCCUGCACCAUUGGCGUGGAACAGAUUGGAAUUGUUAUGGUUGCAUAUGGUCUGACGAGCAUGGCGGUAUCGGGUGUCUCAACACAAUUGCUUCCCCAUUUCGGUCGAAACCGUUUAGUGUUCGUCUCAGCCUUCUUGCAUCUUGGGACGUUUUUGUUCUGUUUAUUUUACUCCCCAUCUUCGCAAUCCCCAUGGAUGAUUUAUUUGAACGCAGUCCUCCUAGGUGCAUGUGAUGGAGCCAUCGUGAAUGUAAUACAAGGUAUGAUUGCCAGUUAUUUUGGAGACCAACUCGCCAUUGCUUUUAGCGUUAAAAACUUCGGCACAAACUUAGGAGUUGUGGCUGGAACAGGCUGGAGCACGAUUCUAUGCGUGUAUGUGAAAUUAUAUAUAUUGAUGGGACUGCUUGCAUUCAGCUUCAUUUGUUACAUUUUUGGCGAGAUAUGGUUUCAAAACAAAGUCAAAAGAUCAAGUGCUGAUACUGCCAAAGCUGCACCUUCAACACAAUUUUAGUUGGCUUUACAUUUUCGAUUGUAAAAACUCCUGCCGUUCUUUAUGUUAUGUUUUUCAGCAUUUUUAAAACGGUGUUAGCAGCUUAACAGUCGUUGCUAGCUGUUAUUUUUGCACAUGUGUAGUUCAUCAUGCCUUAAUACCCCAGACUUGAUUAUAUCGCUUAACUUUAAGGUGUACAUUGGCCUGAAUAUACCCCUCUGCGUGUAUACUCAUAGGGGACACGAAGUGAUAUUUCGCAUAUAAAGGUUUUAGUUUUUUCUUAAAGCUUUUUCUCCCAUUGAUAACUAACAUACCAGCAAUGCAUUAUGUUAUAUACCUAUCAACGUGAUUUGUAUGACAUUCACUAUUAAUACAUCAAAUAUAUAUAUAUAGCUAUGUGCUUAUACACCUA